GCAUUUAUUGCUCCUAAAAUUUGGAAAACAAGAUUAUCAAUCAAAAUAUUAAGAAAAAAACAAAAUUUAAUCUGAUCAGUUCUAUCGUGACAAUAGUGAUACAAACUACCAUCAACUGCGAGGUUGGCCAAAGCUAAAUCAUUGGGCAAUAGGCGAAACCCACCAACAUAAAAUGUCCUGUACUUUCUGCAAGAAAGGUGGCUCCAAUCUAGCUUUGCAUUAUUUGUGCGAAAUGUGCGUGGUGCACCUAAAAUGUUGUGAAGCAUCCGCGGAAGAUGGGGUCGUACCAGACGAAGACACGAAUCGGAGAACAGAGUGUGAUAUCUGCCUUGAGGAGUAUCAGGAUGAUGAAUUGCAGGAGCAUCGAGAGACGUGCAUGGCACGGUUGGUUUUUCAGUGUACCGUAUGUGCCGGGGAAUAUAUUAGCAAGGAGGGUAUGUGGAAUCAUUUGGAUCUACAUGAGAUUGCGGAUGAAAGUAAACAACUGCACUUUAAAGAAAUCCGGGUCACUCAUAAACUGCACAAAUGUGUACUGUGCAAUGAUCAACGUGGCUAUCAGGAAGUGACUUUCUGGGAGCAUGUUCACGAAGACCACGAUGGCUUUUUUCUGCGGUGUUCAGAGUGUGGCGAUUGCUUCCGAUCACAAAAGCUAAAAACUGAUCAUACUGCGAAUCAUUGUAAGGCUAGGGAACAAACGGUACCUUUGAGCUCCGAUGGAUUGGACGUGGAUCAAAAGUGUAGCAUAGCUCUUCCUUUGCCAGCGGAAACAACGGCUCCAUUGAGUCGCGAAGUUCUAAAUUUGCAAAAUCUAGUAGAUGCUAGUGAACAGAACUCGAUUGUAACUUGCGAGGAGGAGACUGAUACGUUUAUAAAAUGUUAUUCACCCCAAAAUUCUCAUCUCGCUGAGGAGCCAUUUGAGAAUAAUCGUCCUAGUUUGAUUAUUUCAGACGAGGUAGCCAACGAUAAUGUCGAAAAGGACUCCGGUAUGCCAGCAGCUUCUAGCAAAUCCCAAGUCACUGCAGAAGAAAAUCCACAGCCCCUUGUUGAAGAUUCAUCGAACGAAUCAUCCGAUACGAAAUGUCCUCACUGCGAUAAAUGUUAUCAGGAAAGAUUGGAGCUGAUACGCCACAUUGAAAAUUGUCACGAACCGAUUGUUUGUAGUAUAUGUGGAAUGACUGUACCUGGUAGAAAUCAAUACCGUUAUCAUAAGCUAAAAAAUCAUAGGGAUCCGAAGUACAAAUGCCCACACUGCCCGGUGCAAUUAUACAUAAAAAGUAGCUAUCACUGUCAUUUGGCUUCGCAUAUACAAGAAAGGAAGUUUGCCUGUGAAAUAUGCGGUAGUAAGUUCAAAAAUCAAAACUAUGUCAGAAUGCAUAUGAGGCGAUUCCAUCACAUGAAGGGAGCUUGGAAGAAGGUAAAAGCUCUUCAAACUGAUAAUGAAGAUAGCGGCAAAAAAUCAUCAUCAAAGACUGUCGCCUGUGCUGAUCAGCUUCAAGAUCAUAAGCUCAACUGUGCUUUGGAUACCAGAAAGGAGAUUUCAAGUCAAGAGCCAGCACCAAACAUGAAUUCUGAUCAGGACCACGUGGAGCUUCCAUUCGAGGGUAUUUGUUCUAGUUUGAAUGAUGCUGAUGGUAGCAAAAUAACCAAUGAGAAACGCAAUGAACCCUCAACUACUGCCAAGAAUCUUGAACCAUUGCAAACAAAGUGCCCCGAUUGCGACAAAGAGUGUUACGAAAAAUCGCUGUUAACUCAUCACAUUGCAUUUUUCCAUGAACAGGUCGAUUGUGAUAUUUGCGGAAUUUCCAUUACCAGCAGGAGCCGGCUUAAGUAUCAUAAGUUGAAAAGUCACUCAGAACCGAGGCUUAGUUGUCCUUAUUGUCCGAAGAAGUAUCAUAUUAAAUCUCACUUACGGAGUCAUUAUCGGAAUAAUCAUGCGGGAAAAAAGAUUCCCAGUGUGUUGAGAAAAUUGCACCUCAGUAAGAAGCUACUCGAUACGAAAAAGAUUAAAUCCGAAACGAACUCCAAAGGCCAAGCUGCUGUAAAAUCGACCAAAACAACUUCACCCGGUAGAUCGCAAGAUCUGUAUCAUAAGUUAAAAGGUCAUUCCGAACCGGAGCGUAAAUGUCCGAUGAAGCUACGCACGAAAAAAAGUUAUCACAAUCAUUUGGCUUCGCAUGAUAGCAAGCUCACCAAUUCUCGGGACACAAGAGAGAUUGCAACACCAACUCAAGGGAUAGCAUCAAACAUGGACGCAGACAUCGAUUCAUCCCAUGAUACUACAAGUAAUAAUCCCGCGAGCUUUGAUCAAGAGCACGUGGAGCUUCAAUUCGAAGAAAUUCCUAGCUUGAAUAUUGCUGACGAUGUGGAUCACAUUAAAAUCGAAAAUGAAUCCGGUAUGCCACCAGCUAGUAUCAAACGUCCAGUUACUGCGCUGUCCCCUGUUGAGAAAUCAUCGAGUGAAUCAUCCACACUAAAAUGUACUCAUUGUGAUAAACUUUAUCAUGUUCAAUUAGAACUAACUCGUCACAUUGAAAAUUGUCACGAGCCGAUCAUUUGUGGUAUCUGUGGAACUACUUCUCCCGGUAGAAAUCAAUACCGUUAUCAUAAGUUAACAAGUCAUUCGGAACCGAAGUACAAGUGUCCCCAUUGCCUGAUGAAAUUCCACUUGAAAAAACGUUAUCAAAAUCAUUUGGAUUCGCAUGUUUCUGAAAGGAAGUUUGCCUGUGAAAUAUGUGGCAAUAAGUUUAAAAAUCUACACUAUGUAAGCUUGCACAUGAGUCGAAUCCAUCACGUGAAGGGAGCUUGGCAGAAGGUGAAAGCAAGUUUUACGGCAUCCAACAAGCAACAGCAAGAAUCCUGUGAUGAUUCGAUGACUUUGCAAGCUGAGAAUGUACCAAGUAGUAAAGUUCCGAAAGAUAAUGACGGAGAAUCAUCAGCCGAAAUAACGAAUCAUGUAUUAGUCGUUUGUAUCAUCUGUGGAAUGUCCUUUGCCAGUACUGAUCAGCUGCAAGAUCAUAAGCUCACCUGUUUUCUGCACACAAACGACAACCGGACUGAAGAGAUAGCAUCAAACUUGGACGCCGAAAUCGAUUCAUCCAAUGCGUCGAGCAAUUAUUUGAUGAGAUCGGAUCAAGAACACGUGCAGCUUCAAUUUAAAGAAGAUCCAAUCGAGAGUGUUUGUCAUAGCUCGAAUAUUCCUGUCGCUACAGAUCAGAUAAAAAUUGAGGAAACUUCACUAUCCCUUGCUGAAAAUUUAUCGAGUGAAUCAGCUACACUAAAGUGUCUUCAUUGUGAUAAACUUUAUCAAGAAGAAGGAGAGCUAAUUCAUCACAUUGAAAAUUGUCAUGAACCGGUUAUCUGUGGUAUCUGUGGAAUUUCUUUACCUGGUAGAAAUCAAUACCGUUAUCAUAAGUUAAGAAACCAUUCGGAGGCGAAAUACAAGUGUCCCCAUUGCCCGAUGAAAUUACACUUGAAAAACUCCUAUGAGAAUCAUUUGGCUUCGCAUGUGGAGGAAAGGAAGUUUGCCUGUGAAAUAUGUGGCAAUAAAUUCAAAAAUCUACACUACGUCAGCCUGCACAUGAGCCGAACUCAUCACGUGAAAGGAGCUUGGAAGAAGGUGAAAGAAAGUUUUGCGGUAUGCAACAAGCAACAACAAGGGUCCUCUGAUGAUUCGAUGGCUUUGAAGACUGAGUUUGUAGCAAGUAGUGAAGGGGCGACAUCACUGGAAACAAAACUCCAAGUUCCGCAUGAUAACGACGGAGAAUCAUCAAUCAACUCAAUAGCUCAAGAAAUUGAUUCCUCUGAUGAAAUAAGCAGUAAUCUCAUGAGUGUGAGCAUUCCUGACUUUACGGAUCAGAACUGCGCUGUGCAAUCAACUAGUAGCAAAACUCAACUUACUGCGCACUCCCUUGUUGAGAAUUUAUCGAGCGUACCAUCUCAACUAAAGUGUUCUCAUUGUUUCAAACAAUUGCAUACCAAAUUAGAUCUGAAUCGUCAUAUUGAAUAUUGCCAUGAGCCGAUGCUUUGUGAUAUCUGUGGAAUUACUUCGCCUGGUAGAGCACAAAACCGUUAUCAUAAGUUAAAGUAUCACAAGGAACCGAUGUUCAAAUGUUCCCAAUGUCCGAUGAAAUAUCACACGAAACAAAGCUAUCGGAGUCAUUUAGCUUCGCAUGUGAAAGAGAGGAAGUUUCCCUGUGAAAUAUGUGGCCGAAAGUUCAAAAACCUAGACAAUGUCAGUAUGCAUUUGAGCAGAACACAUCAUUUGAAGGGAGCUUGGAAAAAGGUUAAAGCUAGCCUUAAGGCAAGCAACGAGCAAGAAUCCUGCGACGAUUUGAAGCCUCUGCAAACUGAUAAUGUAGCACUUGACGGAACAACACCACUGGAAGCAGCAUGUCCAGUUCCAGAAUAUAAAGACGGAAAUUCAUCAACCCAAAAUACUGAUCCUAGUUUGAAAACUGCCGACUGCGAUGUGCCGCAACUCACGACAGAGAAAAUUGCGCACUCCCCUGCUAAGAAUUCAUUGGGUGCAUCAUCGAAAAUGAAGUGUCCUCAUUGUAAUAAAAAAUUUCAUGAAAAUUCAAAUCUAACUCGUCAUAUUGAAAAUCGUCAUCAGCCGAUCAGUUGUGAUAUCUGUGGAACUACUUUACCUGGAAGAGCGCAAGAUCGUUAUCAUAAGUUAAAAUAUCAUACGGAACCGAUGUUCAAAUGUCCCCAUUGUCCGUUGAAAUACCACACGACACAUAGCUAUCGGAGUCACUUGUCGUCGCAUGUAACGGAAAGGAAGUUUCCCUGUGAAAUAUGUGGCUGCAAGUUCAAAAGCUCAGACUAUGUCAGUAUGCAUUUGAGCCGAACACAUCAUGUCAAGGGAGCUUGGAGAAAAGUUACAGCUAGACUUAAGGCAUGCGGCGAGCAAGCUUCCGGUGACGAUUUGAAAGCUCAGCAAACUGAUAAUGCGCCAUCAGAUGCGACAUCAUGAGAACACUGAACUCUGCCAGUUUCAUACAUUCAGCGAACUUCGGGUCUAUUUACCUAUCCAUGUUAAGGAAUACCAGGAGUUAUUUAUAGACGGUUACCCAGAGCGUCCGGAUGGUCAGAAGUUGAGUGUGGAAGAAGAAAGCGGGUAAGAGUAGAUUAAGCGUGUAUAAUGACUUUAAUUUCUUCAUAUACAACCAAUAUUAUUAAUUAUUGUAGUACUUAUAUCUUGAGAAACUUCCAUUUUGAGCUCGUAUUUGUUGGUUUGGUGAGAGAGAAGUGCCAAAAUUCAAAUGUUGGUGCCAAAAACGCAACUGUAGUGAGAGCCGUACAACCCAAUCAAUGAAUCAAUAAAAAUGCUGAU